UUGUGUGUAUAUUUUCAAAUACAUGCCACUGUGCAUCCGAAUCGGGGUGUCUGUAAAAAUGUGUGUGAGUGGGAGACUGGGGAGCUGGCUCCCGGCUGAGAUCGUGGAAAGCCCACGGCCCAUUCCUUGUCCGUCGGUCGCCAGCGCCACGAGGAACGGGAAGCGCGAUCUAAAAAAUAUAUUUAAAAAAUUGUUCACCCCGUGUGUCCGCUGCUCAAAUCGAACUUACCCUCGUAACGAGAGCGAAAGUUCAGUAUUCAAAACGCAAUUUAAUUUGGCCAAAACAAUUCGAGGCAAUCGGAGACAAAGGCGCGAUCUCGGCAGCGAAAAUUAAACCUCAAAACAUAACGAUUUCGGACGCGUGCCAGGCGUUGGGCGUUUGGCGGUGGGCGGGGCGGGGCGGCUGCGACGUCGGCAGCGGCUGCGACGUCGCUGUUUUAUAUGAUUUUCCGCUCGUAGUGCUCGUUUUUAUUUUUUAUUUUCUUUUUUUCGAUUUUGCCGGCUGUCGUCGUGAGCAGAAUGCCGCCGGCUCUCGGUUCUGGUUCUCAGUUCAGUUCUGUUUGAGUUUCUGGCGACGAGUGACACACACAGAGGGAACUAGAAAUAAACGACACCGAUAUACGAAACAAAACUUAGUUGUACUGUAGAUUCUGGCUGAUUAAGAAACACGAAACACGAAGCACUCGCACACACACACAUAUCUCACCCACAAGGAAAACUGCAUUAGUUCAGAUCGAGCGAAAGUGCCGUAGACGAUGCCCAAUAACCGCAAUCGUAAUCGCAAUCGCAAUCGCAACAAACGCAAUCGAAACCAAAACCAAAACCAAAAUCAGAAUCCGAGCCAAGACCAAAGCAAUCAGCAGCAGGCAGAAGGGGCGGAGGAUCGGGAGGAGCAGCAGGAUUCCCAGACUCAGAUCGCAGUAGCACAAUCUUCUUCCUCCGUAGAUGAUAAUGGAAAUUCUGGCAGCGUUUCAAAUGGGCCAACGGAAAACAGCGAAGAGGUGACGAGCACUCUUGAGAAAACCGAGGAAAAACAAGAAAUAUCCGAGCAACCAGCAACAGUCAUCCAAAAAGAAGCAGAUUCAGAGGCAGAAAUGGGUGCCAAAAACUCAAAACACCGCAAGGAAAAGUCCGAUAAGCAGGCAUCUAAUGGAAAAGCCGAAGAGCAGGUGCGUCCACCACCCACCAUUAUAAGAAGGCCACCCGGCAGCCCCCGGCAAGCCAAGGUCAUAGUUCAUCGAAUUGUGAGGGAAGAGCACAAGACCAAUGGUAAAGCUCCAUCUCCAGAGCCACCCAAAGUGGUGGCAUCCAAGGAGCAGCACUUGGAGGUCGAAGACUCAAAGAAGCAGAAACCCGAGGCAUGUCAGGAAGUUGAAACUAAGCAGGGGCAAGAAAACGAACCAAGUCAAAAGGACAUUGCGGAAUCUAGUCAACUUUUGGAGGAUGCACAGCAGGAACAUAUCGAAGUGGAAGAGAAUCAACAAGUUAACUUAAAGGAUGAGCCUAUUGAAAAGAAUCCACAGGAAGCGCAACAUGACCCAAAGGAAUCGGAGCCAUAUGUGUUGCAACUCGAAAAGGCCAUGGAAUUUGUGGAAAAUGCACAUCAGCAACACGUUGCUGCCGUACAAAGUUAUCAAAAACAAAGAGACACCGAGCAAAACGCACAGCAACAGGAGCACAUCCUGCAGGAAACAACUGAAGCACAACAGCAACAUAUUGCAGUUCCCCAAAUCCUUGGAGAUCCCAAAAAGAAAGAAGAGGAGCUCGCACAGCACCAGAGGAAUAAUGAAAAGCAGGAACCCGUUUUGAAUAAUGGCCAACAGCAGCAGCAUGAGAUUGCACCAAAAUCACCAAGGGAAAUCCAAAUAAAAGUUGAGUUUCAUGCCGAGGAUCCUCUUCCCCAGCAGCCGCCUCCUCAGAAGCCCGCCUCCAAGGUGAUUAUCCACCAGAUACACCUGGAAACCAGCGACGAGGAGAAAAAUACUAAGCCCACUUUCGAGGAGAUCAGCAGCACCACCGGUUCCCUGGCCGGAGCACUAUCGCCACCACCCCGCUAUUUAGUGGAGUCGCCGAAGAACGUGUCAAGUGGUCAGUUCUCGCGCUUCUCGCGCGACGUGCAAAUCCAGGAGCUGGAACUGAACAGCGACUGCAGCUCCGGGGAAUUCAAUUCCCUGCAGUCGCCGCUGGUUUGCGAAGUAGACUCGGAAUCAGAGGGAUCGAUAGCCUUGGGACCGGAACGAUCGCCGUCGGAUCAGCAGGUGCCGUCCAACAGCCGAGUGGAGCAGCAGGAGCAGUUGCGCCAGAAACGUGCCCAGAAACGGAACGCUUUGGAGUCGCACUUCCUGCCGCAGUUGAUUAAUCCCCGCUAUCUGGACAGCAUCCUAGAGGAGAAUGAAUGGAGAAACUCCACCGCCUCCUCUGGCGGAAGCGAUCAGACGGGGAUCCGCACACCCAAGCUCAACGAGACCUUUCCCCGGAGUCAGUUGGACUUCAGCCGCAGGCACAAGCGGAGGGAGGAGGCCCCGUCGCCUCUGAAGCUCGAAACCAGGCUGCUGGAGGAUGCAACCGAUGUGGAGAGCUGCACCCGACUGCAGAGCACCCUGUCUCCCCAGUCGGAGGAUGCGGAGCUGGUUUACCUGAGCUCCUCGGCCUCCAGCAGUGUCUCUGAUCUCAUGGAACUAGAACUGGAGCAGGCGGCCGCCUUGGCGGAGAGGGCCCUUGUGGAUUUGGAUACGGAUGCCAGCCGCUUGAUUGCUCGACCGGAUGAUGAGAUGAGCAGCACUAGUACCACCACGGCAGACAGGAGUGAGACGGAAGCGGAAACGGAAACGGAGACGGACAGAGAGGGCGAGCAGAGUCGCGAGAGCACACCUGUUAACGCCAACCCGACGCUCGCCAGUUCGCAGUCUUCGCUGCUGAGCGCUGCAACGUUGACGCCGACGCCUACGACGACGCCGACGACGACGCCCACUCCCGCCGAUCGCGAACAAUUAGCAAAAGAUACAAAUGUAUCUGGUGGAUCGACUGUUAGUUUCGGGGCAGCAUCGCCGCUAGCGGCCACGCGCGAGGAGUUCGUUCGCAACAUGGACAAAGUGCGCGAGUUGAUCGAGAUGACGCGGCGCGAGCAGGAGCAAGGUGAACUACCGCGAUCGCCGUCGCCGCCGCCCGUUCCCCCGCCUCCCGCCUCCGUGGCGCCCUACAGUCCCGAGUCCUCCUCGUUCCACCUAGCUUCCUUGCAGCUGAAGCGGCAGGAGUCGAACGACUCCCACUGCUCCGACAGCACCACCCACAGCCAAUGCACGGCCAUCAACCUGGCCAGUCCCCCACCGCCAUCCACCGCUCAGCCACCCACACCGCCACUCAGACAAAAGCCUGCACCACCACCCGUUCCGCCACCCGUUUCACCACCCGCACCACCCACUCCCCAAUCAGAGCCAGAGCUUUCAGUUGCAGAUUCGGUUGCGGUUGCGAAUGCGGAUGCGGAUGCAGAUGCCGACACGGAUACGGAAGCCAUAAAGAAGCUGCGCUUGCUGUGCACCGAGCAGCUGGCUUCCAUGCCCUAUGGCGAACAGGUGCUGGAGGAGCUAGCCAGUGUGGCCCAGAACAUAACCGAUCAAUCCCAGAGCAAGAUGCCCUAUCCCAUGCCGCAGUUGCCGCACAUCAAGGAGUUGCAGUUAAACGCAAACGAGGGCAAGUCCUCCUCCGCCUGGCUGGGUCUGCCCACCCAGUCCGAUCCCCAGGUAUUGGUGUGCCUGUCGCCCGGCCAGAGGGAUUUGGUAAAUAACCAGACCCAAGCGGAUGACCUGCUAGAUGCGCACCAAAAGUUCGUGGAGCGUCGGGGAUACCAUGAGUUGUCCAAGGCCGAGGUUCUCGAGCAGGACCACCAGCAGCAGCAGAGCGAGAUGCUCAAAACGGCGGCCAUGAUGCGCGAGUUGCGCAAGAGCCUCUCGCCGCCGGCGCCCCCUGUCCCUCCGCCGCCGGUACCGCUGAAGAGCGCAGAAACGGCGGCCAAGGCGACCGCUCAUGAAAACGCCAAGAGAGAUGACGCAAGCGAACAAAAGCAGAAGAUCACAGAAUGCGAAUCGUCAUCGCUUCAAAAUAAACCAAGGCGAGCAGCUGAUCUUGGCGCUCAGCAGUCGGCAGAGCACCGCCAGAGCAGCAGCACCACCACCUCCAGCCACAAAGCGACCACAGAGACCAUGUCCAGUGACGCCGCCAAGUUUCCCACACUGGACAGCAUGGAGAGUGAGCUGGCCAGAAUGUUCCCCCAGCACAAGGGCGACAUUUUCGAGGAGCAGCGCAAGCGGUUCUCCAACAUUGAGUUCCCCAGCCAUCAGCCCCUCCUCAGUCAGACCAAGCGGUACUCCAACAUCGAGACGAGCAGCUUCGAGUCCAGGAAGCGCAUGGAGAAUGGUCAGGUCGUCUACGAUGUGAGCACUUCCAGUCACGAGAAGAAGGAGCAGGGUGAUCCACCCAAGGAGCAGCCCGUGCCGCCCGUUCCCCCGCCGCCAAUUAUGUCAGCAGCGAAAUUAAACGGUAACACUUUCAUUGAUAAUGGCGUGGCGCCCAAAAAUAGCCAGCCGUCGCGAGAGAGCGGUAGCGGCAGCGGCAGCGACAACGGUACGUAUGAGGAAUUUCGGCAGCGUGCCAAGGCCGCUGCGGAUGCUUUUGGAGAGCAGCGGGAGCAGCAAAACGGGCUGGAUGAAGAUCGCGUGUUCAAGGACUUCGAUAGGCUAUCGCAGCAGAUGCACGCCGAGCUGCAGAGCACGCGGGAAAAGCGGGAGAAGUCCGCUUCCAUGUACGAUCUCAGUGGCUUCACCCGACCGGCGACUGGUCAUCCGAGACUGGAUGAGUUGCAGCAGAGAAGACAUGCCCACAUGCAGGAGUUGGAAAGGGAAAUUGAGCGGUCGGCAAAGUCGCGACAGGAGCGAAUGUCCUCGGUACCGCGACAAAUGGAGGCGACACCACCGCGAACUCAUGAGAUUCCCAUCGAACUAGAGCCGCGUUCCCGCCGCGCAGAGUCCCUGUGCAAUCUGAAUGAGCCACCACCACGUCCGCAUACCACCGUGGGUCACUAUAACCAUCCGGUGCCCCAGGAUGACUGGUCCAGGUAUGCCAACGAUUUGGGAUACUCGGAGAAUAUAGCACGACCCUUUGCCAGGGAGGUGGAGAUUUGCUAUCAGCGGCAGAAUCAGCGAACACCACAUGGCAUUAGGGCUCCCCGCCUCUCCGCCAGCACCAAUGAUCUGAGCAGCUCUAGUCAGUAUAGCUACGAUACCUUCAAUGCUUACGGAGGCAGGAGGACCCAUGCCCCCAUGUUGAACCAGGCGCAACAGCAACAACGUCCUCAUUACGGCAGUUGUUACUCCAUGAUCGAGAGGGAUCCCAAUCCAAGGUACAUAAGCACCACCUCGCGAAGGGGCGUGAGUCCAGCACCACCACCAGUUGCAUCUCCGCAACAGCAGCAGGUUCCACCGCCUGCCUACGAUCGCCAGCAGAGGAGAUCCUCGCUGCCGAGGGAAUUGCAUGAACAGCAGCUGAAGUACAUACUGUCCAAGGAGGAGGAGCUCAAGUUUGAAGUGGAGCGACUGCAGCAGGAGCGCCGUCGUCUAAUGGAGGAAAUGCAGAGGGCUCCAGUCCUGCCGGCUCCUCAGAGGAGGGAGAGCUACAGGCCCGCCGCCAAGCUGCCCACUCUGAGCGAGGAUGAGGUAUUCCGGCAGCAAAUGGCCGAGGAAUGGAUGAACAAGGUGGCUGAGCGGGAAGAGCGGCGCCAGCACAAGAUCAUACGCAUAUCGAAGAUCGAGGAUGAGCACGAUCACUCAGCCGUGGACAAGGCAACCAUAAGCGAUGAGUUCUUGGAUCGGGUGAAAGAGCGUCGUCAUAAAUUGGCUAUGCCGGCGGACAGCGAUUGGGAAAGUGGGGCGGAGUCACAGCCCCAGCCAGCCGCCCACUCCCAGCCAGAAUCGGAUGUGGAGACGCCACCAGUACGCAUACUGGAGGGCCAGGCGGAGGCCAGUCUCCGCCAGCUGCCACGGCACCUGCGGGAGUUCGCCAAGUUCUCCACCAGCGAACAGUUGCCGGAUGGCGCCCAAAUGGAGCGUCACGAGGAGCAGGAGCGCAGCGAGGAGGCCACCGACAAUGCGCACAGCAGUGCCAGCAAGAAGACGAGCAUCGUGAAGACGUACAAGGUUUCCAGGCUACCGCCUUCCGUCCAGGUCCGUCCGUCCUACAAGAGCAACGGAUACGUCUCAGAGCCGGAACCCAACUACGAUUCGGAUUACUCCACGGUGAGGUACCGCACCCAGAAUCCGCACCGCGUGCAGUCCAUCUCCUCGGCUGUCAAUGUGCGCAACCUUAAGCAGGACGAGAAGUUGUAUGGUACUAUGCCAAAUCCCAUAAAAUCAGCACAAAGCUCGUAUAAGAAUCAGCCAGGUCGCAUCGAGAACUACACGACAGGUCAUUCCUCUGUUUCCGAAAAGGAAAAGAAGGAGUGGUGGGACGAAGUGAUGGACAUCUUUAACGGGUGGCUUAGGGAGCACACACGCAUCCCGCGUAUUAUCAUAGAGUUCGUCGACGAGUUCGACGGCAUCGGAAAUCUAGAACAAUCGAAACUAUCGCCAUUGUACACUGAAGGAAAUUUGUCCAGGGCUUUGGCCAAGGAAUCCGGGUAUACUAGCGACUCCAAUCUGGUCUUCCGCAAGAAGGAGGUGCCCGUGAGCAGUCCCCUCAGCCCCGUGGAACAAAAGCUGGCCUACAAGAGUCUCCAGGCAGGCGGAGAACCUCCUCUGCUCGGCUUCCGCAAACCAGCGCCCGAGAAACCCCGUGAAAUUUUGGAGGAGUUCGAAUUCAUUCAGAUCACGCCCACGCUCACAAAGAUUCGUGUGAGUACCAAGGAGCUGGAAGAAGAAGUGGAAUCCCUGAGAGAAGCAGCAACGCCACCGCCUCCGCCGCCACCACCACCACCUCCCCCUCCCCAAUCUUUGACCACGAGAAGGGACAAGAAGCCCGUGAAGAUGUUUUCGCAGCUCUCGAAGAAUCUGCCCUCGUUCAUUCCGCUGGGCAAGAAGCAGCAAGUGUCGCAACAGGAUGACCCACCUCCAAGGCCGCCCCACAGAAGGUCCAGCUGCACGAAGAGCACUGUGCGAGUUCUGAGCUCCGCCUCAAAGUCCAGGCAUGAGCAGUGCUUCCAACCGCCGAGUGGAACUGCCCCUGGGGUAUCCACCGUCACCCUGCGGAAGGUGGCCACUUCGAGUUGUUCCCGUCGUGAGCCCAUUUGCCGAUCGAAGUCGGCGGGAGCGGUGUCCACCCUUUUGCAAACUCUGACGGCCACCAAGGAGACCCGACUCACCCGUCGGGUUCAGCAGCCGCAGCAGCAAUCGCGCUUGAGGUCCUCGAGUCCCAGUAGGCGCCCCGCCCGCCUUCUGGCCCUUCGCCAUUCCAGCCGCAGUCCUGUGGCCUUUGGCAGGAGCAUAUCGAAGGAAAGGAGCUUCGCUGAGGAAAAGAAGCGACUGGAGAACACGCUGCCUGCGAAUCGCACCAACUUUGAGGCCAGUACCAAUAUACUAAGGGAUCCCUCCCUGAAAUCCCCCCAAGAGGUGAGGGAGGCAGUGCGUUCGUAUGCGACCUCGCGCAGCAAGUCCUUGCCACGACUUCGUCAUACUACAGUGAGCACUACCACAAGGCAGACCAUGUGCUUCCCGCAGGUGCGACCCCAGACGCUCUUGGAUUGCGGAACUCGGUCGCUGAGGAAGUCGUCCUCGAAAGCGGGAAAGGGCCAGGAAAAGAACGGAUCUAAUGACAGCUUGCCGAGAAGCAACUCCACCUUCUCCAUUGACUCUAUGGUGCGUCAGGAAAUUGUGCCCAUUGCACCACCCAAGACAUAUGUUGGGAGGUCCAGAGGAUCACUCUCUAAGGCGCUGGUUCCACUUCAGAGCAGUCGAAGCGAAGGUCACGUGCCCAGGAAGCGUCAGUCUGGAAAAUCUACCAGCAAGCCACCACCACCAGUUACUGUCCACUCCUACAGCGAAUCAGUGAGGGAGAAGACCAACUUUUGGAACGACUACAACGCCAAGCAGGCCAUGUCCUUGCCGCAGGAGUACAAGUUCUGUCCGGAGGAUGUGUGCGAUUUCGAGAGUCAUGCGAUCCAGCAGCCGUGUAUCGAGGAUCUUGUGUGGAAGUAUGAGGGCAAGGAGCAGCGUCCACCGAAGCAAGUGACCGUGACGGAUAUCGCUCGUCCUCAGUCACCACAAUUGAGCCAGGAGCGUCGCUUUUCGCCCACUCGAGAGGUUAGGGUGCCCCAAAUCAGCCGGGAGGUGAGAUCUCCCUCUCGUCGUCGCAUCGAUAGCCUGCGUUCCAAGGACAAAGAACAGUCCUUGGCCAGGGCCAGCAGCCUGAGCAGCGCAGAUGAGCGCAAGAGAGCUACUCCAGCUCCAUCCAAUGGGCUCUACCAAUGCGGAGAGCUAGCCCACAGUGCCACGUCGUUGACUCAGCUGGAACGUCAUAGUCCCAGCUGCCGGUAUCGUAACAAUUGCGAGCGCUUCACCGAAUUGAAUCGCUUCUACAGCACCUUGGAGCGAGUGGGUCAGCUGGAGAGGGCCACGUCCUCCAGCAGCUUUCAUCCAUUGAGGAAGGAUGCUGAACUCCUGGACUUUGAUGAGUGGCGCCGGGUGCGACUUCAUGAACGUGCUGAAAAGGAGCUGCAAUAUUUGGUUGGAAAGCUACGAGAUGACCAAAAGCAAAGGGAUCUUCACUUCCGUUCGAAAGAUGUAGACUCCAUUAAGUGGCGUCAAGAGGCCGACCAAUCCCUGGUUGCCAAGAAGAAGUCCGUGGAGGAUCUGCGCGAAAACUUUGAGCAGCUGAAUCUCCUCAGGCAGCAGCAGCAGCUCCAAUCGGAGCCAGUGCAUCGCCAUUGGAGGCGCAACACGGUGGCUGAUUUGGCCUGCAGUCUGGAGCACCAGGCCGCGGCUGAACCCGAAAUGGAGCGUCACUUGGACAACGAUCUAGUGAGCACGUUAUCCAAGGAUCAGAUUAAAAAAAUAACCCAGCAGCUGAACGAGAUCUACUCAGGGAAUCGCCAGGCUCCCGCCGUCGAGGAGCAGUAUGUCGUAACCGUGGAAAAGGGUUCCCGUCCAAAUGGUCUGAAAGUGCGUUGCAACUCCACCAUCUCCAAGGAUCAGCUACUGGGCCCAGUUCAACGUAAGCGAGAUGAACAGCAAUCAAAUCAGUCAUUGCCUCGUUCCACUCGCAGUCAAUCUCCCGUGGUGGUGGCACGAGAAACCCGUGGCGCCAUUGCAGCCAAGAAUGCUGAGUUGACCUUGACGAAACCGCCGGAUGUGCCACCCAGACCGAAGGCCACGCCAAGUCAGGAGCCCACGAGCAAGCCAUCGCCAAAGGCGGAACUCAAAGUUGAAACUCGCGAGCCGGCCGAAGACAUAAGCCAAAAGAUACAGUACUUCGAGGAUCGCCAGUUCGAUGAGCCGCCCAAGACCAUUUACCACGCUCGCGAAGAUUCCUCGCCGGACGAAGCAGAGGUAAUGCGACUCAUCAACAAAAACAUGCAGGAACGUCAGAGAGCCAGGCAACUUCAUCACCACCAGGAGCUGAGUAACUCACUGACCGACUUGAGCGGGGUUUUUGGCGAGCGUCCCGCGGCCCGGGUAAAUUUUCACUUGCACAGCCCGCCCGACCGUCCGCCCGACGAUACCGAGCUUAUCAGCUUUGGGAACGGUUCACCGGAUCACGGAGAAGGCAGUCUUGAGCUCUACUCGGACUCCUUCUACCGGUCGCGCAGUCUGUCGCCCCAAUCGCAGGCCUCGGCCUGCUCCAGCUCCUACCUGCAGAGGGUGUACACCGGCGAGGUGCGGAAGAUGCGUCAGCACUUCGAGAGCAUUCAGCAGUCCGGCGAACAAUCCCGGGAGCCAUCCAAUGAGCGGCGCGAUUUUUUUGGGCUUAGCUCGCUGCGGAGGGCGCGCAGCGAUCCCGAAAUGAGUGCGGGAUCCAAAGACGCCCCGGACACCGCUACGGAGGCGGUGUCGAAGGAGGAUGUGCCUCGGUUAACACACAAAUUCGAGUUCAGGGCAGCCACGCCCUCGCCGGAACGAGGAAGAAGGCGUCUGCGAAGCGCCCAGGAUCGUCUAAUGCCCCACAUCGAUAUCAUCAGCAAGACAGCGGCCUUGAAAAGAGAACUACCCAUUCCGGUUCGAUCGAGUCCCACGAGGAGCGUGAGCAGCAACAGCCAUUGCUUCGAGCGCCUGAGGAUGCGCUACGAGUCACCGGAGCCGCAGACCCAGAGCUAUUUGUCCACCUCGCAUCCGGAUAUGCGGGAUGUGCACGACAUAUCGCCUCACCUGAGUGCCGACUGGGUGGCUCACAAGCACCCGAAACCGACGAAGCCCAAGGACCUGCCCAAGAAGCCACAACGGGUGGUGAGGGCGAGCUCCACGUCACCACCUCGACCAGCAAGGUCGCAGAACCACCAGUUGAGCUCCCGGCUGACCAGCUGCAUGAAGGAUAUAUUCGCCAACCAGAAAUUCGAUCCCAACAAGCAUCGGCCCAAGGCCCGAUAUGUUCCCGAUGGUGCGGAGAAUGGCAAUCAGAAGUCCAAGGAUAGUGGCACCUUAGAGCGCCUCAAGAAGACUGCCAUGGUGACCUUUAAAGAGUCUCCCAAUCAUUACUAUGCCACAGACGUGAACAUCCACUUCAAGACACCCAUCAGGCAUGAGCAGCGCCAGAACUUGUCGGAAGAGGAACUAGCCAUUCGCCAAGCGGAGCACAUGCAGAAGCUCUACCACGAGGAGCGCCGUCGCAAGUAUCUACAGGAGCUGCAGGACAUGAAUUCUCGCCGCCACACGGACAACUUCACCCCGUCGCAAAAGUCGCCCAUCGCCCUCAAUCGCUACGAUGACUUCCCCACGGACGUGACCCUCAAGUCGCUGGUGGGCCCCAAGACGGUGGCCCGUGCUCUCUUCAACUUCCAGGGGCAGACCUCCAAGGAGCUAUCCUUCCGCAAGGGCGACACCAUCUACAUCAGGCGGCAGAUCGAUGCCAACUGGUAUGAGGGCGAGCACAAUGCCAUGAUUGGAUUGCUCCCAGCCAGUUAUGUUGAGAUUGUCAGUCGAGAUGGCGCCCGUACCCCAUCCAAGCGGCCAUCGGAGGGCCAGGCCCGUGCCAAAUACAACUUCCAGGCCCAGUCGGGCAUCGAGCUCUCCUUGAACAAGGGCGAAUUGGUCACUUUGACACGGCGCGUUGAUGGCAACUGGUUCGAGGGCAAGAUUGCCAACAGGAAGGGCAUCUUCCCGUGCUCCUACGUGGAGGUACUUACUGAUAUUGGUGCUGAGGACAUUGCGGCCAGGACAACCACCGUGAUCACCAGCCAGAGCACCACGAAUCUGCGGCCCAAUCUCGACGUGCUGCGCACAAACAUCAACAAUGAGUUCAAUACGCUGACGCAGAAUGGAGCACAGCCACCGAACGGAAUCCUCAAGGAAACGCGGACGCUUCACAAGACGGACGCCCUCCAUGUGGACACCAGUUCCGAACCAUUGGCGUACCGCUCCCUGUACAAGUACCGGCCCCAGAACUCCGACGAACUGGAACUGCUCGAGGGAGAUCUGGUCCAUGUGCUGGAGAAGUGCGACGACGGAUGGUUCGUGGGCACCUCACAGAGGACCGGCUGCUUCGGCACAUUCCCCGGCAACUACGUGGAACGGGCCUAGAGGAGAUCGAUCCAUUGACCCAGCCCCCGGAGCGGCGUUCGUGCCUAAUCUUAAUGAAUUUGUAGUCUAAUACGAGGAGGAAUCAGCGUGGCCGGGGCGAAGGCAGUUUGAUUAACUAUGAUUAACUAUGACUUGGUUUUACUGGAUUAUUUUAUGUUGUUGUUGAAUAAUUCUUAUCCCGCUAAUUCUGCUGCUUUCGUUUUGCCGUAAUUUAAAGCUAUUUAUUUAUUUUUAAACAGAGCAUUCAUUUUAUCAAUGUUGGAACUACGUUUAUAUAUGACAUCCAAAUAUUAACCAAAAGUUCUCCCCCCCACCUCCCCCACUCCACCACUCCGACACCCCGAUCACCCAAACACACACCAAAUAUGGAAGGAACUUAAUUAAGAUCAUACAUAUAUACUUUGUCGUUUACCUACUAAUUUUAACUAGUCACAGCUAAUUUCCAAAAAGAAAAUCAAUUGCGAAAAAGAAGAGACCGUUGAAGUAAAGUGCCUUAAAGUUGGAAUUUAAAUGACUAAAACGAAAUAAAAUGUUUCAAAGUGCUAAGAUUCAAGUGCCCUUGUUGAGUCGGCAAAGUGGAUAAUUACUAUUGAUAAUUAUUAAUAAUAUUUAUGAUAUUGUCGUGUCCGAACCAACAGAAACCAUUUUAAAAUCAUUACAAAAAGCGUUUAUUACACAGACACUGUUGCAAGCGAAAUAGUAAAUAAAGAAGAAACCUAAAAACAAAAA